UCCUGUGAGUUCGCGGGAUUUUAAUUGUUGCGAAUCGAACUUUACAAGUAACUCUGCUUUCGUUGAUGCUUUGUGUUUAGUUUUCUAUAGUAAACGAGACGCCAAACCUCGUUUACACCGUUAAUCAUUGAACGGUGUUGUCAUUUUAAGAAAAAAAACUUUCAGUUGUAAUAACCGAGUUCAUGAUGAUGAUGAUAAUGAAGUAGAAAUAUGCUACAGAAUCAGGCUGUGUCUGUCCGUGUGUGUGGGAGGGUUAUAUAGCAUUCAGAAUUAAUUAGGUGCCGGCGAACUGGGUGAGGCGGCUGUUAGCAGCGGAGCUAACUGGAUCGCUGCCCGUUACGUUGGCGUUCAGUCCGAUCGGCCUCCGUGUUAACCGGUGCCAUGCGUUGUCUUUUUAAUCAUUAAUCGGAACCAUCGAUCUCGUGAUAAAUGAACAAGUCACUCAGCCUUUGCCUCGGGUUAGUGUAACGUCACCCCAUGGAGGCGCUGCGUCUCGUCGCGGAUGUCAGCUUGCCCAACCGGUCUGUGAAUACAGAUACGGAGCCCGUUUCGAUUUGCGGCGAUGGCCCCGCGGCGGAGCUACAUCGUGUCGGUGGACGUGGGCAGCACUUUGGUUAGAAGUCACGUCUACGACGGGGAAGGCCGGGUGCGGGGAUCCUGCCAAGCCGAGCUGUCGCCGCUGUACCCGGAGCCCGGCCGGGUCGAGCUCGAUCCCGAAGCGCUGUGGCGCUGUUUCGUGGACGUAGUUAAAGGCGCCGUUCGCGACUCCGGUGUGCAGAUGCGCCAUGUAGCAGGCCUGGGCAUCUCCACGCAGAGAGCAACUUUUACCACCUGGGACAGGUGGACAGGUGAGCCUUUCCACAACUUCAUUACCUGGCAGGACCUGCGUGCAGCGGAGCUUGUCCGGUCAUGGAACCAGUCCUGCACAAUGAAGGCCGUCCAUGGGGUGAUGAAGGUACUGUAUUUCCUGACCAGGCAGAAGCGCUUCCAGGCGGCCAGCCUCGUGGUCUUCAACGCCCAGCACGUCACCUUCCGGCUGGUCUGGGUACUGCAGCACUAUAGCCAGGUGUGUAAAGCUGUACAGGAGAACCGGUGCUGCUUUGGGACCAUCGACACUUGGCUGCUCUUCAAACUCACAAAAGGUGCGGUCCAUGCUACAGACUACUCCAAUGCAAGUUCGACAGGGAUAUUCGACUCAUACCAGAUGUGUUGGAGUAGUUUUUUGUGCUCCCUUGUGUCCCUGCCGCUGUCCAUUUUACCCACCGUGCAGGACACUGGUCAUAACUUUGGCUCCACGGAUGCCACCAUCUUCGGCACGUCCCUGCCCAUCAUGUGUGUCGUGGCGGACCAACAGGCAGCCAUGUUUGGGGAGUGCUGCUUUGAUACGGGAGAUGUGAAGAUCACCAUGGGAACUGGAACUUUCAUCGACAUCAACACGGGGAGCAAGCCACACACCUCUGUGGCGGGGCUCUAUCCCUUGGUGGGCUGGAAGAUUGGGCCAGAUGUGGUUUACCUGGCUGAAGGCAAUUCAGCUGACACUGGGACAGCUAUCAAGUGGGCACAGCAGCUGGAGCUCUUUUCAGAUGUGAAGGAAACUGAGACGAUGGCAAACAGCGUGGAGGAUUCAGACGGGGUGUGCUUUGUGCCGUCCUUCAGUGGCCUGCAGGCUCCACUCAACGACCCCAUGGCUUGUGCCUCCUUCAUGGGUCUUAAACCUUCCAGCACCAAGAACCACCUCGUCCGGGCGAUUCUGGAGUCCGUAGCGUUCAGGAACAAGCAGCUCUACGACAUCAUGCUGCGGGAAACUCGAAUCCCCAUCACCAGGAUCAGGGCGGAUGGAGGAGUCAGCACCAACAAUUUCAUCAUGCAGAUAACCGCCAACUUGCUGGGGAAGAAAGUGGAGCGCUCAAGUCAUUUCGACAUGUCCAGCAUGGGAGCGGCUUUCAUCGCAGGGCUGGUAGUCGGCUUCUGGAAGAGUCUGGGGGAUCUUAAACGGUUGCACCAAUCCGAGCAGGUGUUUGUGCCACAGGUGGAGCGCCGACUCUACACGCCAGUGUUGCAGGGAUGGGAGAAAGCAGUGCACCGCUCUAUGCAUUGGUACAGCAAAGACCUGACGAAACGUUCUGCUGGGCUGAGGAUGGCGCCCCUUGGGGACCAGCAGUGACACUACUGCACCGAGGCCAAACCUCAGACAGCUAUAGCUACUGAUUAACCCGUGUUAAUUAAUCUGUACGUGAUGACCAGCAGCUGGUGUGUAUACAGCCCCUCAUUCCUCAACAGCUGCAGAAAUACAGUGAAAGGCAUUUUUUUAAAGUAACUGUGUUAAUCGAAGAUAUCUUUCUCAUGGGAACAAAGGGGCGAUGUCACUAUGCAGAUCAUUCAGUAUGACUGCACUGUCGUGUUGCAGUUUACACACUGUGUGUGACCAAUGUUCUGAAGGCAUCUCUGCUUGGAGACAUUUGACUCUGUAAGAACCAUGUGAUCCCCGAAUGAUCUCUAAGGACACUUGGGGCACCCAUGCAGAAUGAGAACCUUAUGAAGGUGCUACACAGGCUAGAGACCCGGCAGCAGCGAUUCUGCUGUAGUGUCAGUGUUUACAGCUCAAUUGAAGUGGCAUUUAUGGGAUGAUUCCUCAGCCAAAAAAAAUGUGGUUUCCUGUAGAAGAUGGACUGCGUGUUUGCACCCUCCUUCAGGUGAAUGACACUGUCCCUCAUCAUGCCUGUUUCUGUGCCAGAGUGUCCAGUUCUGUUCAGGGUGUUUCAGGUUGUUCCGAAUUUUUAACAUCAUUAAAAUCAGUGAAACAUUUUGAUUCAA